UCUCAUCGUCUUGGUACGGCCAUUUGACCUGUUCUCCAACAUGGCGCAGAAAAUACUGGAGUCGUUGUGUAGUGCCAAAAAACUGGACAGAGACCGUGGUUUGGUGGAGCUGAAGAGCUUCUUGAAAGACAAUGACGAAGCCGAUGCAGUACAGAUCGUAGAGGAGGCGUUAGGAAAUGUUCUGAGGGACCCCGCAGUGCCGUGGGAGAGCCGACAUGGGAGUCUGAUGGGGUCCAAGCUUGCGCUGAAACACGACCUGUGUUCCAAUGAGUUUGCGGAGUUGGCGAGGGAGAGAGCUGUAGCUUUGCUCACUGACGACGAAGUACGAGUCAGAAUCGCUGCCGGUGAGCUGCUGGGUGAGCUGUGCAGGAGAGAUGGUGUCCAGGUGUACCUACAGUGUCGAGAAACCAUCUUGGAGGGCGUGGCCACUAACCUGGAGAGGGACACGCAAGCAGACCUCAGUGCCGAGGAGCAGAAGGAAAAGGAUAAGUUGAUGGAGAAACUGUUCGGAACCCAAGCAAAAGAAGUCUCUGAUGCGCAGCAGAUCUUCCACGACACGGCCGGCUGGAGACAUCUGGAAACUUGGAUGAAGUGUUUGCAGGAGGUGAUCGAGGGCUGUUCUUCCCAGUUCAACCCCCACGUGACCCAGUCCCUGCUGGACCUGCUGUUCCAGGCCCUGACUCACACCAACAGGUUUGUGCGGGAGACUGGCUUCAACGUCUGUGGGAGUCUGGUGUCCUGCUCGCUACAACAACAGGAAGGUGAAGGUACUGUCCUUCAGGAGUCAGACACCAUACUGUUACAUGGACAGCAGCUGGCCGAACACUUUGCCACAGGACUAGCUGACAACUGGAGCCAGGUGAGAAUGGCAGCCUCAGUUGCCACCAGGAAGUUUCUCUUGAGCUUGCCCAGUGAAGAGGUGCGGAAGAAGUACUACCCACUGCUUCUACCAAGACUGUGUCUUAAUAGGUAUUACGUAGCGGAAGGAGUUCGCAUCUACUCCCAGGAGACAUGGAAGAAGGUUACCAACACAGAGGGGAAGGCUCUUGUAGAAGAAUACAUCUCUCAAGUGGUUGAAUAUUACAUGGAGGCUACUACAGCAGACAACCAUGCGGUACGGGAGGCAGCCUGUGCUUGCAUUGCUGAGUUAGGCUCCAAGAUCAACAGUGAUGUUGUGCGUCCACAUGUGCCAACACUGAUCGAAGCCCUGCUAGAGUCCUUCAAAGAUGACAGCUGGCCUGUCAGGGAUGCUGCAUGCAUAGCUUGUGGGAACUUCAUUCAGUGCUUUCCUGAGGAGUGCAGGACCCCAGAUGGACAGUUUGUACCCAUUGUUUUUGCCAACCUACAAGACAACAUCCCAUCAGUGAGACAGGGAGCGGCAGUAGCACUAGCCAAUGUAGCCAGGGCCUAUGGGGCUGAGUCCUUACAGUUCCUCCUCCAGAAGGUGCAGGAAGGUUUGGAGGGCAUUGAGAAACAGCCAGCAUCGACAGAGAAAUACUCUGGUCUGGACAAGGGGCCGGCCACCUAUGGAGUUGUCAAGAAACUUCGAGACAAUGAUAUGGACUUGCACACAAACCAGACCAUGUACUCGUGUGGGUCGCUUGCCCCCAAGAUGGGUCGGGGGAGGAGUGGAGGCUGCAUGGACCACCAGUUCAGGAAACCUGCAGAACCAUGGGAGCUCACAGAGGGCUGUGUGCACCUGCUGGCUGAAUUAUCCCAGAUCCCGGCAGCUGUAAAGCAGGUGGCAGAGCUGCUGCCCCUGGUGGCCCAGGCAGCUGCAAAACACCACUACCCACAGCACCAGGUGCUGCUGGAGACUGUCUGCAAACAGCUGCCGGUGAUUGGGAGGGGAGUGAGUAAGCAGCUGUUCAAGCGGAAGUUAGAGGACUUCCUGGAUCCCAUCUUCUACAGUCUGAAACUUGAGCAUGCUGCCGUCUUUCAAAGCUGUUCACACGAUCCUCUGGUACCAAACUCUGCCUCCUUUCUUCUUCGUAACCCGAACUGGGACACAAGCAUCCUACGUCAUGGAUGGAGAGAUACAGAAGGGGAGUCUGAAGAAAGAGAUGAAAACGAUACCUGGGCUCUCUUAAGGAAACAAACAGGAAACGUAUCAAUGCCACUCUCAAGGACAAAGAUGAGUGCAGACAAGGACAGGCAACCCGGCAACCCUCCUAUCAUGGAGAAGGACAAGGAAACUGUCAUCAGACUCAAGGAGAGAAAUGAACUUGAAGUCAGGAAAAAGAAGAAGGAGAUGGACCAGUUUGAGACGGCCCGUAACAUAAAACUGAAGGGGUAUGCCAAGGAAGAAAAACAGCUACAGAAAAGGCUGCAUGAGUUCAACACUAGGAUCAGCUCACUGGCACUACUGGACAGCGAGUCUUCAGAAGACGGGUCUCCUCUUGUUGUGCGAAAGUGCAGGGGAGACCUCAAGGGAAAGGAACCUAUCAGCCCUCGCCCUGCCAAGGAAAAGCCAAGAUUGAAAAUCACCUUGCAGGAUCUUAAAGGGAAGAAAUCGACGUACCAGGACGGCGUGUCUCCAAGAUCAACGGAGAGUAAAGUGUCGCCUCCCCGCCAAUUGUCUCCUAUCAUAGGUAGGCAGCAGCCGACAAAUCGGCACCUUGAUGUCAUCCGAGCAGAGAUAGCCACUUCAAACCACUACUUGAUUAGCACCCCGCCAGCUGUCCGUAGGCGACUGUUAGCUCUAGCAGAAAAGUCUAAUACCUCCAGGGGUAAAGUGGAAACAAGGAAGUCCAAACGUCCUGCGCAGAAAACGUCAGAGGGACAUUCCCAGUCCUCCACCAACGAGGGUCUGGAGACGUCAGAAAUCCGGGAACUCCAGCAGCGACCCUUCCCAUCCUCCCAGGUACAGGGAGGAAGUCUUCCUGACAUCAACAGUAAACAAAAGUCGCCAGUACUGCCCAUCAGGACAUUGCAUGAAUCAGUGCAACCCACCAAAGGUCUUGCAUCCAGUCAAGGGACGAUGAAAUUAGCCGACACGAAUCAGGAGGCAGUGCAGCCUCCGUCGAGCGAUGGGAAGAAGGAGGACCCUGCCGCCCGGGUACAGGAGUGGCUGAGCAAGUCUGCCUCCUGGGGAGACAUCACUUCUGGUGAGAAGAGUCAACUAGACCUGGAGCCUCCUAAAACUGCAGGAGCAAUCUUACAGCCCAAGCAUCUCCAGUCUGAGGUGCGGUCUGCGUCCUGCGACAACCUCGUCACCACGUGGAAGGAGGAAUUCGAAACAGAGUGGUUUGGUGAGGAAACGGAAUUUGAUCCUCAAGGUGCGUACUCCCCCGGUGUUCCUGCGGAGGGCGGACGGGCACGAUUUUUCAUCCAUCCGUCUACUUGUGACGAAAUGAGACCCAGCAAUGUUGUGGACAGGAUCGAGUCCACCACAGGAAAGUCAGGAAUCAAGUCCUGGCUGGGGAUGAGUUCUGAUGAGGCUAAAGCUAAAGCAUCAUCAUCGUCAAAAGAAGCUAAGAAGACUGCAAAAAGUGGGAUGAUACCUCCUGAUUGGACCAUGUAGUUUGGCUAAAGCUCCAAAUGACAAUUUGGCUCAGGCUAAAAAAAUGUAUAGUACAUGCUGUAUAUACAGCAUUUUGUACAUUGUGUAUGUGUGUGAAAUCCUUCUUGCUGUUCUUUGAGAAUGUUGGUAAUCUUACAUGUUUAAAUUUUUUUGGAUGAUGCAAAGUCAUGUACUGUAAAUUCAUUUACUUUCGCAGUGAUUCUAUUUCACAGUAGGAGAGAAAAGGACCUUUUUCCACUUUUUGAAAUUAGUGGUUGAAACUAGGAUUCUGGAAUCUACUUAGGAUAAAAUGGUGUAGGUUUGAGCCAAAAUUACUGCAUGAAGGGAAUCCAGAAAUGUACCAACUCACGACACAUUGUUGCAGUUUAUAGGUACACAUGUAUGGGAGUAUGCA